AUGUUGAAAAUAUGGCAGGCCGUGAGAAAUUGCAGAGAUUCGAGAGGUCGACAGAUGUCCAAGCUGUUUUUAGAACUUCCUGAUCAGGAAGAUUAUCCCGAUUAUUACGAAGAGGAAAAAAUCGAAACCGGAAAAUACAAUGACAUUCUUGCUUUAGCGGCCGACCUUAAUUUGAUGUUUGAAAAUGCGAAGCAAUACAAUGCGGAAGGAUCGCAGAUUUAUAAUGACGCCGUUUUUUUACAAAACUUGUCGGCAAAGUUGAUUGCCGCCGAGCAUCCGCAGAGAGGACAAAGUGAUUUCGAGAUCAAUGAUGCUGAUUACGUCGACUUGACCGAAGUAGAGCAUAAUGGAGAGAUAUAUCGUGUCGGUGACUAUGUGCAUAUUCGCAAUGAGGAUGGCUUGACAAAACCAAAUGUGGCACAUAUCUUUCGACUAUGGAAAAAUCAAAACAGCGAAGUAGGCGUUAACGUCUGUUGGUACUACCAUCCAGAACAAACAGUCCACCAAGCUACCCGUUCCUUUUACGAAAACGAAAUUUUCAAAACUAAUGCUUAUAAUGAAUAUCUUAUUUCCGAAGUAAUUGAGAAAGUCUUUGUCAUUCCUGUUCGUGAAGCAAUGAAAGGUCGUCCAAAAAAUAGCGUGGGUAAAACUGUCUACGUGUGUGAAUCGCGCUACAACGAGGCUGGUAAAAAUUUCUCCAAAAUUAAAAACUGGAGCAGUACCUAUGCUCCAGGAUUUGCUGGACGCGUGGAAAUGGAAUACUAUCCCCAAAUGAUUAGUCUUAAACGGGUCAAGAGUCCGCUUGCUGGAGCAUUCGAAAUGAUAAAGACGAAACCCAAACAGGAGGAAUCUUCCCCGCAGUUAGCCUCGGUUAGUCAUCAACAGGUGUCACAACAAAGUAGAACAGCCUCGCCUUUAACAAGUCAAGUCUCUUUACAAUCAGUUGAUAAUAGUAAUACGACUAUGCUUUCGCAAUAUCAAUCAUCGGCAAUACAAGCACAGUCGUCGAUAUCCUCACGAACCGAAAGUGUCUCUUCGCAAAUACCGCAUUACGAUGGAUAUAACAAUAAUAAUAACAUUUCGACUCCAGAGUAUAGACAUAGCAUGCAAACACAAACGAGUGGACAUUCAAGUCAAACAACAAGGGCAAUGUCUUUGUCGGCAGAGACUGCGAAUCAAUUUGCCUGCAACGCUCAAGGUGAAAUUCUCUGGUUCGCUACGCCACCAGUUGAUGUGACACCCCUAUCGCGACCGCAGCACUCGAAGCUAUAUAUGGAGAAACGGGGAGAGCUCCUAGCCGAAAGAGAAAACAUCAAUCGAUGUGGCGGCCGACCAGAUGUGGCCACAGGCAUGCCGAUGGUUAUGCCAACGUCCGCGCCAUCAAAAGUUUCAACCUCCUGUACUGCGCCUGAUAAUCCAACCAUACCGUUUGGGGAAGCGGAGGCCACGGUUGCUCAAUGUCUUUUAUCAAAUGCAUGGAAAACAGAAGCGCUAGACCUCGCAAACAACAUAAAACGAUGA